UACCUUUUUUCAGUUUUCUCGGCUUCCUUCCCUCUUUGUAUUCUCUACUCAACUCAAUACUCUUCUCUCUUUCUCUUUCUCUCUUUCAGGGUAUAAUUUCCGCGCCGGCGAUAUCAAGCCGUAAAGUCUCAUCGUCGAUUUCUAUCAUACUUGCUUCUUCCGCUUAUUCUGCCCCCGAAAACUCAAUAGGUAUAUAACAAAAUGAUAGGAUCGUUUAUUACCCGGGCACUUGUAAUGGCUUUUGGCUAUGCCUACCCAGCCUAUGAAUGCUAUAAAGCAGUUGAGAAGAAUAAACCAGAAAUUGAGCAACUUCGCUUUUGGUGCCAAUAUUGGAUUUUGGUCGCUCUUUUGACAGUUUUUGAGAGAAUUGGUGAUACUUUUAUAUCAUGGUACAACAUACAUCCACUGCUUUCAGUUGAACAAAUAAGGAAACUGUUUUGCUUUCAUAUUUUGUUCUUGUCUUUAGAGUGUUCUUCUUGUAGGGUCCCAAUGUACAGUGAAGCUAAGUUGGCGUUUUUCAUAUACCUGUGGUACCCUAAAACAAAGGGGACAACAUAUGUAUAUGAUUCCUUCUUUAGACCAUAUGUUGCAAAGCAUGAGUCAGAAAUCGAUCGCAACUUGUCAGAACUAAAGACAAGGGCUGGAGAUGUAGCAGUUUUGUAUUGGCAAAGAGCUGCUAGUUACGGCCAGACUAGAAUAGUUGACAUUUUGCAGUAUGUUGCUGCGCAAUCAACGCCAGCACCUCCCCCUGCUCAGCAACGACCAGGUGCAAGGGUCCGUCAAACUGCACCAGCUAAUCAUCAACCAGCUGCUGCAACAGAAAUACAGGCUGAGGAUCCUCCUUCUCCUACUUCCCGAUCAUCUUUAAGUCAGCAACAGAAGGAAGUAGCAGAGAUGAGUUCUUCACAAGUGCCUAAAGCCGUUUUAUCUGCAGCAGGCAUAAGUACCCAGAAUCCUACGCCCCAGUUGAUCAACCAAUCAGCAGCACCUGCAGAGACAGAGCCAAUGCAGAUUAAUGCAGCAAAUGAAAGUGAGAACCCCUCUACAGAAGAGACAGUAAUGGAAGAAAGCAUUAGGGUUACACGUGGCAGAUUAAGAAAAAAUCGAUCAACUGCAAUGCCUUAAGUCAGUAAAAUUUCAAUUGUCAGGGUUGGUGGACAAAGAUUGGCGUCAACUUCUUGUAAAAAACUGUAAAAAGGCAUACUUAGAUUAAAAUUUCAUUUCUUGCUUUAUUUUUAAUUUUGUUUUGGCAUGAAAGACUUGGUAACUUGAUGCCACUUCAUAUGAACUCAGAUUCCCAAUCCCAAGGAAUAUUGCAUCAGCUGCUUUGAAUAGUUGACCUUAUCCUUAAGAGGGGGAAUAUGUUAACACUUACAUGGAAGGCACAUUUGAUGAAGGAUAAUUUGUCCCAUGGCAGUUUGACAUUUUUGAAUGGAUGUAUUUCACCUUAGAUAGCUGAAUGUGUGGGGUGGAAAUACUUGAGAGUAGGUGACGCCCAAAAGAAUAUCGGGGAAGAACAUAGAUUCAUAUUUUAAUUGUUUGAUUGUACAGAUAUGAUACUUUGAUUGACUGAUUGACAUUAACAUGGGAAGUCAAUCUU